AUGGCGGGGAGAGCAAGUAUUUCCAAGGAGACCGGUUUGGGGAAGGCGGUCAACUCCGAUGAUAGAGAUGCCGAGGUGCUCGAGAACAUGGGGAUCACACCCUCUGAGAUAAGCGGAGUUUCAAUGUUUGGUCGCUUCUCUUCAUCGGUCUCCUCGGUUGUCGCCCAAGCUCUCACUUCAGGUGGAUGCUCCAGCUUCGUCUGGGACUUCGUUGCUGCCGCUGCUGGGGCAAUGUUGGUCGUCUCUUGCCACGGAGAAUAUGCCAGCAUGAUACCGACAGCAGGGGGUCAGUACCACUACGUCGCCGAGAUGUCUCCUAUGAAAUAUCGAAGGAUCUUCUCUUGGUACGCCGGCUGGAUGACCAUGAUCGGUUGGGUUCUCUGUGCCACCGCUGGUACUUUUGCUGGUGUGAUGCAAAUUCAGUCCUGGAUCAUUCUUUUCAAAGAGGAUUACGUGUAUGAACGAUGGCAUACAAGUUUGCUGAAAUAUUUACAUUAUAUGAUCUUCUUGGCAAUGUUUGCCCACAUCUUUGGAUAUCUCGCAACGCCGAUUUACUUGUUAGUAAACGUCAAAGAGAAGAACACGGCGACGUACGUGUUUACAGACUUUACGAAUCUCAGCGGUUGGGAGAGCCCUGGAAUUAGUUGGUCAAUCGGUCUUUUGACUUCGGCUAUUGGAUUCGUGAACUGGGACAGUGCCCUCCACAUGGCAGAGGAGAUGAAGGAUGGGUCCAAAGAUCUUCCAAGAACAAUCUUGGUUAGUGUUUUUGGCAGCGCGGUUCUUACAUUUCCGUGGAUCAUUGCCUUUGCCUUCUGCAUCACUGACAUCCAAGGAGUGUUGAGCGGCCCCGUUGGGUUGAUUAGCCCAAUAGCUCAGUUGUUUUACAAUGUGUCGGGAGGAAAUCAAGCCGCAACGAUAGGCCUUACGCUCUUCCUGCCACUCAUGUCAUUUUGUGGUACCGGCCAAGCUGUGAUAUCAUCGACAUCACGCGUCGUCUGGGCCUUUGCAAGAGAUGGUGGCCUCCCUAAUGUUCUUGCCAAAGUGGGAGAGCGAACCAAGGUGCCUACAAACGCCAUUCUCUUGACUUGGGCCAUCAACUGUGCCAUCAGUUUGAUCUACAUCGGUAACGCGACUGCUUACUACGGUAUCUCAUCAGCCUGUACGGUUGCGCUAGUUAUGUCAUACGCGUUCCCUCUUUUCAUCAAUGUCGUUUGGGGCUUUGAGCACUGUGCUAUCCCCCGAGGCGCGUAUUCUUUAGGUCGAUUCCAUCGCCCUGUAGCCGCCGUCGCCCUGGCUUGGUGCAUCUACCUUACGAUUUUCCUCUGCUUUCCCACCUACUAUCCGGUAUCAAAGGACAACAUGAACUACGCUUCGGUCGUGAUUAUUGGUGGUACUUCUGUGGCUACGAUAAAUUGGUUCUUGUACGGGAAGUCCCAUUACGUGGGUACAAUGUCAAGUGUCGAGGGUCAUUGA